CUAGAUCCCAAACACAUAAUCGAAGCUGGCGCCAAGGCAACCCAUACCAGGAUAACUUUAUUUGCGCCUGGGCCUAUCACCCCUCGACCGAUUUCCACUAAUUUUCAUGAUGAUCCCGCUGAGGAAGCUCUUUGGCGGUCUGGCUUCUUUGGAAGACAUACGCCUCAGCAGCUUAUCUAUACCUUGGUUUAUCUUUUCGGAAAGUUGCUUGGCCUACGGUCAGGUUAUCAUCUACGUCAACUACGGUAUGGUACUGAUGGACAACUGCGUUUAGUUAUUAUUAAGAAGCAGCCACGUCUGAAUGGAUCGGUAUCCAGUAUAUCUUCUUCCAUUGUGUCUCUGGUUCCACCUGCCAAUCUUGACAUAGCUAGCAUUCGUCUUGUUUACACACCAGAUGUAGACAAUCUGGUUGCAAAUACUAAUUCUAAUGGAGCAACUAAUAGUCACUUUGAAUCAAAUAAAUUCCUUGCAUCUAGUGAGGGGUCUGGGGAAUUUGCAGAUGGCUACGCUCUGGGAGAUACUUCCUCUGUUAACAGUCUCUCUGGAGCUGGAGACAAAGGUGAAGCAGCUACAAGUGUUUUAGCUUCGACUCUUGUUAGUUCGGGGCUCCAAAAGUUACCAUGGAUACCUGGGGGAUAUUUAUUGGAGCAUUAUGAAGCUUAUAAUCAUGAGCGCUGUGUCGUCUGUCUUCAUGCCUUUUAUGCUUGCAAGCGACAAAACCUAAUGGCCCUUCGAACUGAUUGUUACUUUCUGGCGUGGCAAACUUCUACACCCUCGUUGCUAGGUCUUACUACGGCCUCGAAGACAUCGACAUUAGUGCCUGUAUCUAAUACUGUCUCCAGCACUCCUAAUCAUCCAACGAUCCCGUCGGUCUGGUUUCGACACCGUCCUAUUGGCCAUAAUUAUCUUUCUACUAUAAUUCAUACGAUUGACGCCGCUUUACAUACAGCUAAUCUAGCCGGGACCUGCGGUCUUUCUUCCCGACCCUCACCAGUCCCCAACGUAUCAAUUAGAGCUAAAGCGCCUGUCGCAUCCUUAUUACUCGAAUCAUCUGCUGCGAGUGGAAAAAAGUAUACCGAUGAAAAAUACUGUCAGGAAACUCUUAGUAGCAAAAGGCAAUCCGAUUCCGCCUUUACCUUGCCAACCCUUCAAAACCUUGAGCAAGAAUCCAGGAGUGGGUAUCCAAACCUGUUGCAGUUUUUUGGAGUUCGCGUUUUUAUUGAUGCCUUAUGGGCUUUUCCCAUCGCCCAACUAUUAUAG